UACAACUCCGUCGUUCAAACCUGCGGCGGGAGGGACGAUAGUUGGUGGUAACGUACCAUAACGAAAACAGAUGAUAUUAAACGUAAUAGGGGGGACGCUAGAUAAUGGAUGUAACAACAUGUUUGAAGUCAAUGCUUCUAGCCAUCAGACAAUACAAAAACAACAGGUCUGCUGUCAACACAUCACAACUGCAAAAACAGAUCAACGACCUAACGGGGCUUCAGUGUUCCAGACUCCUCGCCUCGGGCCAGGUGUUGCCUAGCGAGUGUUUGAGCGGACUUCUGGAGGUUGCCAUCGACUCAAAGACCAGCCAAGCCCUCAGUAGUACCAUCGUAUCCCUGUUGGCUAAACUCGCAUCGGAUGAGGAGACCAGAGAGGCUCUCCACAGCAGCUACAACCUCACCGGGACCCUUGCCUCAAUCAUCCACUCCAACAGAUCCACUCCGGACGAGCCACUGGUGGUGCAAUGUCUCCAGGUGUUGCAGAGGUUCACCUACAGUAUGCGAGUCCCCCACUGUGCAUCGUAUCUCGAUGAUCUCUUGGCGUUCCUCAUGCAGAAUGUCAAGUCUCGUAAUGAUGACAUCAUAAAGCCCUGUCUUGGCCUCAUGGCCAAUCUCUGUCGUCAUAACCUCUCUGUUCAGACUCACAUCAAGAGUCAGAGUAACGUCAAGGCGCUGUAUCGGUGCUUAAUUGACUUCCUGGCUCACAACUCCUUGACUGUGGUAAUCUACGCGUUGUCCAUAUUAAGCAGCCUGACGCUCAACGAGGAGGAAGGACAAAAGCUGUUCAAUGCAGAGAACAUCCACCAGACAUUUCCGCUCAUAUUCAACAUAACAGUCAAUGGAGAUGGCUCUUUGACACGGAACUAUGCUGUAGACCUGCUUGUGGAUCUUGUGAAGAACCCAAAGAUUGCAGACUACCUGGCUAACUAUAAGCUCCUUCCUGCCUGUCUGACUGAGGUGUUUGGGCUUCUGCACAGCAAAGACUCAGAAACAGCAUCGAAGGUUCUAGAACUCCUGGUGUCGCUGUGUUCCGUCACGGGCCUGCGUAAGCUGCUGUGUGAGACGGUGUUCCGCUCCUUCAGGCCUCGGCGGCAGCCUGCGGGCAGGAAAGGAGGACAGUCCAGGGUGUCGGAGCCCUGCGUGGCACUCCUGCAGUGGGCCACUGGGCCUCUCCACGAUCCCGAGCGCUGCUGCUUGCAGGCCCUGCAUCUCCUCACCGAGCUGUUCGAGGAGGUGAUCGAUGCGGGCUCGUCCUCUACGGUGCACUCCUACCUGGAGCUGUUGCUGCCUGCUCUGGUGGGCAUCCUCCAGGCGCCAGACUCCAUGGAGGAGGAGCAGCAGCUGAGGAGGCACUGUGUCCGCGUGGGCUGCGUUGUGGAGCUGCUGUUGGUGCUGUGUGGGGAGGAACACCUGAAGAGCCUGGUGUCCCAGCAGAUCUCCUCCAAGCUCUGCGCCUCACAGGUGGAGCUGCUCCUCUCCAACAGCCACGGCUCCACCUGCCCCGUCACCAACGGCCACCUCAGCCAGGUGUGUUCAGAGGCCAUGCUGAAGAUGCUGGAGCUGAUGAGUCGGCUGAAGCAGCAUGUCCUGGACAUGGAGACCUGCUUCUACAGGAUCCUGCAGGACCAGCGGAUGGUGACGCCACUGUCUCUGGCUAUGACGUGCCAGCGCAGGGAGCUGGUGCAGAGCGCCCUCCGCAUCCUGUUUGAAGCGGCACCUCUGCCAGACUUCCCCUCCAUCAUGUGAUCUGGGGAGAGCAUCGCUGCCAACAAUGCCUACCGGGAGGCUCAGCGGGACUCUGAGGUGCCCGUCAAGCGCAUGGCUGUCCAGGACGCUCUCUCCAGUCUCCCGUCUUGCCCCAGCUCUAAAGUGACCACCACAGCCAAGCAAUCCAUCGACUCGCUAAUAGAGAAACUACAGAGUGGGCUUGAGUUUCAGGAGCAGAUGAAGGAUGUGCACAUGUCGGAGGUCAUUGACGUGUACGAGCAGAAGAUCUCUGCCCUGGCUUCUAAGGAGAGCCGCUUGGAGGACCUGCUGGAGGCCAAAGCCCUGGCCCUGGCCCAGGCCGAUCGACUCCUCGCCCAGUACCGCUGCCAGAGGGCUCAGGCAGAGGCCGAGGCGCGUAAGCUGGCGUCUCUGCUGCAGGAGAGUGAGCGCAGUAAGGAGGCGGUGCGGGGGGAGCUGGGGGAGCAGGUUCUGGAGGUGCAGCGCGUCAAGCAGGACAUCACACAGCUGCUGGUUAACGGGGCCAGCUUCGUAGUGUGGUCUCGAGAGCACCAGGCCCUGAAGAGCUCCUACAACCAGCUGCUCAACAGGUACAAUGAGACUGAGCGCGUGCUGAAGGAACUGAAGGGGGCCCACACGGCUCUCACACACCAGGCAGAGACCCUGAAGAAGAGCCACGAAGCACUCCGCCUGCAGCAUGAGAGGACCCUGGCAGAGGGGGCAGAGAAGGACAAGCUGAUCAAAGGCCAGCAGGCUGACCUCAAGGAGAAGGAGGAGACCAUCUCAGACCUGCAGGGGGAGCUGAAGAGUCAGCAGGAGCAGGCCAGUGAGAUGGAGGAGAGCAUCAGCAUCCUGAGGAAGGAGCUGAACAAGACAGAGCAAGCAAGGAAAGAUGCCAGCAUCAAGGCCUCGUCUCUGGAGCUGCAGAAGUCCCAGCUGGAGGCCAAGCUGCAGAAGAAGGAGGAGGAGCUGAACAAGAACAUGCACAUGAUCGCCAUGAUCCACAGCCUGAGCAGCAACAGGAUCAACCCCGAGACCACCAACGUCUCACUCUGAGCCCGAGACCACCAACGUCUCACUCUGAGCCUGAGACCACCAACGUCUCACUCUGAGCCCGAGACCACCAACGUCUCACUCUGACCCCGGCCAGCUCAACAGCACCACGCUCGACGCAGAGACGGCCAACAUGACGCUCUGACUGCAGCAAGCUCAACAGACGUGGCCGAUGUGUUGCUCUGACCCUCCGCUCCUCUCACUUUCCAACUUUCGCUUUCCUUUUCUCCUCCGUCUACUGUUGACUGUUUAUUUACUCUGUUUACUGUCUAUUUACCUUGUUUGCUGUUUAUUUACAUGCCUAUUUCUCUGUCCUCUCUUUUUGUCUUGUUUUUCAAUGUCUCUUCCAGUUUGUGUCCUCUCUUCCCUUUUUUCUUCCAUUUCCAUCUCUCUCUCUCUCUCUCUCUCUCUCUCUCUCUCUCUCUCUCUCUCUCUCUCUCUCUCUCUCUCUCUCCUCUGCGGCUCUCCGUCACUUCAUGAUGUUUUAGUACAAUGAACUGAUACAUUCAUAAUAUAAAGACGGUCACAAACAAUAAGUCAUGAUUUUAUUUUACAAUUGUUAUAAUGUACUAUUUAUAUUAACACAUUUUUCUGUCUAUCGUUGUAAUUAGUAUUUUAAAUGUUUUUUACGCCUUCUGUCCAGGAGUGUCAAAUAAAAGCCAUAAUUUUAUAAUGUACAUCA